AUGACUUUAUACAGGACAGUAUGGGAAACAGCAAUUACCGCCUUUGCCGAAAGACAACCGUACAUUGACCUGAACACAAGCACUGGAGGGCCUCCGCGGUCCACGAUUAUGCUAGACUACAGGUCCGAGCCUUUCAUUUACAGCUGGUGGGCAGCAAUCCGGAACAAACACUUCCUACUGGCUGCUUGCAUGUUCAUGUCCGUGGUUCUGGCUAUUCUCACCGUACCACUAACGUCCUUCCUUUUCACAACUGCUGAAUACGCGUCCAACACUACCUUCCCAUUGUCUUUCGAAACAUCCUUCAACUCGAACCUCAUGGGGGAGCUACCUAACCUCCCUGAUUUGCGUCUACCUCUGGAUUCUGCUGCUGCAAUGCGGAUCCAGGACGCGAGUCGCCCGCCGUGGACGGAUGGGGAAUAUGCAUUUGCGAAAUUCGUUCCCCAAGAGGAGGUUGGGGACGGCAUCGUAACGCUAGAAACGACGGCAUAUUCGGCACAUAGUGACUGCAGAUACAUACCUGAGUCACAGUAUCGGAAAACCAUUCUUACACCCAACGAGACCGGAAUCCCAGCGUUGUCAAUCGGAAUAAAUGCAGACGAUCGUGGUUGCCAAAUCUCACAUUUCAUCAACCUAGGGCUCUCAACUGAUCAUCCAGUAACUAUGCUAAGGGUCUGGCCAACUACGUCAUGUUCUGCUGAUGCAGGAUGGAGUCGCUUCAGCAUCUUAACGGCACACUACACGGACGCAUCCGCCAGCGUUACAAAUUUCAGCCUUAUCUCAUGCGCGCCUUCAUACCGGAUCACUCCAGGCACAUUGGUCGCGACAACCGGCUCCAUACCGCCUUCAGUAAGGACUUUCUCUCCCCACACGUCGAACACGUCGUCGCAAAUCAGGCCGGACGCUCUAUGGAGAUUCUUUGAGACAGAAAUUCAAGCCCCUUCCUGCGUCGAUCCAAUGACCAAUGUUAAAAGCAAUGAAUUCGGGCUAUAUGUCUACAAAAUUGCUAGCAAGAAGAAUCUAGCCUCGCCUCUACUUCCGGAGACCAUAAUAGACGCAGCGGAGACGCUCUUCACCACCACAUUUGCAGUCUUCGCCAGCACGGUCCUCUUCAAGCCAACAAGCUCCCCAUUAAACGGCAUCGUCACGAUUGCUGUCUUGAACAUGUCUCUCUUCUCCUACGCACGCCAAGAAUCAAUGCUUUACGAAGAGCCGGUCGGCUUACUCAGCAUGGCUGGCAUUUUGCACAAUAGUGAUGUGAAUACCAUGGUUGAACCGCUUGUACAGAACCCAAGCUUCAAGGGAAAGACGAGGGAGGCGGCAAAGAGGUUAGACAAGUUCAACCAGCGCCGCUACUGCUUUGAUAAAACCGAGAGGAGAAUCGUCAGUCAGAGAGGAAUUCAAAUAUGUUCAGAAGGAGCCGCCAUAGAAGAUGGUCCAUUUGAAUUGCAGAUUUCGUCUUCUCAACAUGAUUAA